UCCAACAACAAAACCUUGUCAACAAGUCGUCUCUUUCGACCCUUGUCCCGUCUCGCCACUCGGCCAUCGCCACCAUGUUCUCAAGAGUAUCCGCCGCAGUCGCCCCAGACUCGCCAUCGUCGUCACACGCGUCGUCGGCCCACCACGCGCAGCAGCAACAGCAACAACAGGAGGUCGGGCCUCUUCUUGCUGCCGAACUCGCUAUCGAGUACCAGUCGCUGCGCGCACCCGGAAACUGCCCCACGGGCAUGUACCUCUUUCCGUCGCCCGACACGCUGCUCAAAUGGGUUGGCGUUUUCUUUGUCCACCGCGGUCCAUAUGCCGGCGCAAUACUGCGUUUCACGUUAGCGUUUCAGACCAGCUUUCCGCGUACGAGGCCGAGUGUCUUCUUUGACUCUGAUGUGUUCCAUCCCCUCGUCGAGCCAAAGACAAGAGAAUGGACACCGCGCGGACGACUCGCCCAGUGGCAGCCAAGAGUCGACCAUGUUGCCCACCUCUUGCGUGCGCUCAAGGAGAGCUUUAGGAUGUCUGCACUCGAUGCCGUGACGGAGCACGAAGCCAGCAACCGCCAAGUCUGGUCAAUGUAUCACCACUCGCGGCAGACAUUCCUGUCACUUACGGCGCAGCGUGCUCGCCAGUCGGCCACUCGGCAGGUGCUCUUUGGAGAACCCGACGCCCCGUCCAGGCCCAUGUCGCUGCCCGCGAGCCCGUCACUGGGCGGCGGCAGCAGCAGCAGCACGUGGAACAGCCACGACGACCACCACAUGAUCCGGUUCACCGAGCUCGACGAUGGCGCGGUUAGUCGCCUAUGGGGUGACAUGCGUCGAAGCCUCGGCGAGAGAUAAGCGCGCGUGGGGCGCGUGCGGGGG